UCCACACUGUUAACUUCAAGAGGGUGCCGUUUCCCUGAAAGCUGAGUUUAGCCUGAAUUAUAGCCCACAGCCAGGAGCUGACUCUGAGGGGGUUUAAUCUCCCUUCCUUUUCUGAUAAACUACCCUAUCUAAUCGACUCCUCUGUGGGACACUGCAUUGGGUGUGAUUCCUGUGAACCAAUUAAAAAGUGUAGGGCUGUGGUUCGAUGUCGGAGAGAGCAGCUUGGAGCUGAUUUAAGCGAGAGGCACUUACUUCUCAGCGGUUAGUGUGUCUUGGCAAGUGAGGGCCCCAGAGGGACCUGUUCGCUCACAACAGCAUUCAGGACAGCAUGGCCACGGUAGAGCUGAACGGAGUGGCCCGUGGCCCUAACAAGGUGCUCACUCUCGACACCAUGAACCAACAGAUCAAGAAGGUGGAAUAUGCAGUGAGGGGCCCCAUCGUCCUCAGGGCCAUGGAGAUUGAAAAGGAGCUGCAACAGGGCGUGAGCAAACCCUUCUCUGAGGUUAUCAAAGCGAAUAUCGGAGAUGCACACGCCAUGGGACAGAAGCCAAUCACCUUCAUCCGACAGGUUCUCGCUAUCUGUACAUAUCCGAACCUUAUCUGUGACCACAGUGUGCCUGAAGAUGCAAAAAGCAGAGCAAAGAGAAUUUUAGAUGCAUGUGGAGGAAAGACAAUUGGUGCCUACACGGCUAGUCAGGGUCUGGAGUGUGUCCGACAGAAUGUGGCUAAAUACAUAGAGAAUCGAGAUGGAGGUAUCCCUGCAGACCCAAACAACAUCUUCCUCUCAACUGGAGCCAGUGAUGCCAUUGUGACCAUCCUGAAACUCCUAGUGUCUGGCGAGGGUAAAUCAACGACUGGAGUAAUGAUCCCAAUCCCACAAUACCCACUCUAUUCAGCAGCUAUUGCAGAGCUCAAUGGAGUCCAGGUCAAUUACUACCUUGAUGAGGAGAACUGCUGGGCUCUGAACAUCAAUGAGCUCCGACGGGCACUCAAUGAAGCCAGAAGCCACUGCAACCCAAAAGUACUUUGUACCAUUAACCCUGGAAACCCCACAGGCCAGGUCCAGAGCCGGCAGGUUAUAGAAGAUGUGAUUAGAUUCGCUGCUGAAGAGGGACUUUUCUUGAUGGCGGAUGAGGUCUAUCAGGACAAUGUCUACGCAGAGGGCUGUCAGUUCCAUUCUUUUAAGAAAGUUCUCUUUGAGAUGGGCCCUGAGUAUUCCAACAAUGUGGAAUUGGCUUCAUUCCACUCGAUCUCCAAAGGUUAUAUGGGAGAGUGCGGUUACCGGGGGGGCUACAUGGAACUCAUCAACCUGGACCCUGAGGUCAGGAUGCAGUUGAUCAAACUGGUCUCAGUGCGUCUCUGUCCCCCAGCGUCGGGGCAGGCAGUGUUGGGAGUGAUCACAGACCCUCCUCGACCUGAAGAACCCUCGUACGAGAAGUUCAUGAAAGAGAAGCGAAAUGUGCUGAACUGUUUGGCAGAGAGGGCACGUCUGACAGAGGAAAUAUUCAGUGACACUCCUGGAAUCCGGUGUAACCCAGUGCAAGGAGCGAUGUACUCCUUUCCCAGGAUUGAUAUCCCACCCAAAGCCAUUGAGGCAGCUGAGGCUGCAGGUGAGACCCCUGAUAUGUUCUUCUGUAUGAAGCUGUUGGAGGAGACUGGCAUCUGUGUUGUUCCAGGGAGUGGCUUUGGACAGAAAGAAGGCACUCAUCAUUUCAGGAUGACCAUCCUACCUAAGACUGAGAAGCUGAAGAUACUCCUAAGCAAGCUGAAGAAAUUCUACCAGGAAUUUACACAGCAGUACUCUUAACCAUCUAAGCCUGCCCGCUAUCUCCAUGCACUGCAGGAGUGCCUGGGACAAAGUUUUCAGGUUAUUGAAUGCAACAGCAUUAGGGACAUGCAUAUACAGAUCUCACUGUUUAAACAAAGGGAGUGAGGGGCAAGUGGAAAUCAAUAAAGCAAGUGAUCUGGCCUGGAACCAAUCGAACAUGUCAUCAGGUGAAGGGGUAAUGAAUGGGAGGGAAGGGACACGUGAUCAGCAAAACUCUCUAAGAUAGUAUCAUUUCUCUGUAACUUUAGCAAUGCGAUAAUCUUUAAAUUAGGAUGAAGUAAUUGGAACUGUUUGAUUUGCCCAUUGUCUGUACUUGAAGCUGGAGUAAGGUUCCGUGAUUUUCAGUGAGGUGAUGUAUCCCUUUAUGAACAACCUUGUGCUGACUUUGCACAUUAAUAUCUAUAUCAGGAUCAAGGAAAUUGCUGAAUUAAACAUUAAUCAUCAUUGGGCAAUACCAGUGAAAAUCCUCAAAGUUACUAAUUUUAGCAAUGAUGCAAACUUGGGUUGAAAGCCAGGAGGUCAGACACGGGUAAUCCUCGGCAAGGGUGUUAGCAAAACAAUUGGCUUCAGUCCCACAGGUUUGGAGCCAUUUCAAAUCAGCCAAGGUUUCUGUUCCUAACUACUUACCAGAUAUCCCUGAGAACCAGCAGUGUGCCUGUCAAACAGGGUUGAACUGAGCGGAGUGUGGGAACCUGGUAAUAUUCCCAUAGUUCUACUCAGUGACAUUAUUGUGUCUGUACUCUUGAGUACAACUGGCCACAAUCUCAUCAUUCAACAAUAGAGACAAAACUGAACAGUGUUAAUCUUGUGCAAUUCACGAGAACAGGAAUGGAAAUAGGCCGGUUGGUGAGUAACUCUAUGUGGUAGCUCCCAGUUGUCAAUUAACAUUAGUGUUAUAUCGAGCACAGCUUCCUUCUGUAGCUCUGCUCCUUGAUUGGAUUGUGUGGACUGGAAACACUCUCAUGACCUGCUCAGUGCAUAAAGUGAACAUCCUGAACUGCUGUCUUCCCCUUUAUCAGAAAAGCAAAAAUAGCAUUGGAAGUUUACUUCAUGGGAGAGACACAAGGCAAAAUAAUGUAACAACUGCUCCAAAUCUACCCAGACUGCAACUUUCGGGACCAAUCUGCAGUCAAACUGUCCCAUUCCUGACUGAGGUUCACAACAAGGGUCAUAGUCUGCAUCACAUGGAGGUGUAGGAUAACAUCCUUGGUCAGGGUCAUGGCGCAGGUCAGAGAUCAUGGUCUGGAAUUACCUCCAUAUGGGAAAGCUGGUCUUAUGAUGAAUUCCACUUGGAGUAAGGAGGAUGUUGAUUGGCUAUGAGACAUGCUGUGACCCCUGAAUAAACCAAUCAAUUAAUCCUGAGCUCCAAGAAGCCUCUAAUUGUGGGUUUAUGUACUGGGUUCAAGGAUCAAUACUUGAAUGCCCUGACUAAGUUUCAUUUUCCUCUCUGUUAGUUGUGAACAGUGAGCAUUGUCAGCACUAUGUGCGGUGAACUUUCAAGUUGGAGCUGAUUGACUGACUUAUAUUGCAUUUGUGUUCUCACGCAAUUAAGAGAAAUGUUGAUCCUUGGAGAGUUCAUUUAUUCUGAAUGCAAAAGCCAGCAGAUAAGGUGUUGCUGAUCUCAAAUAAAAGCAGGGAGUGCUGGAGAAACUCUUGUGAAGCAGUCAGGUGAGUGGAACCUGACUAACAUUCCCAAUCACGCCUUUAUUUCCCAAUAUACAGUGUCCUGUGCCAAGUACAUUUGGAGCUCUCUCAUGUUAAUGUAAAGCAGUCUCAUAGUCCUAUCUGGGGCCAGGUUUCACCCCUGUCUCUAGUGUGGUAUAUGCAAUGAGCUGGUGUAGCUUCAAAAUCUGUCACAUCAGCAUGACUAGGCUGAAAUUUGUCUUGAGCUUCCUCCCAAUUGUGAGGAUAAUUUUUUAAUCAGGUUUUUUUUAUAUUCCUGCCUCACCUUAAGCUACUUGAUGUUUGUUCCUGAACUUUUUUGGAAACUGGUCAUCAUUUUGUCUGUUUCAUUGUUUUCAUUGUUGACAUGGAUAACACCUCAAGAGAGAGCUGAUUGUCUUAUUAAAAAUGCUCAGAGCAGGGAGGGUCAGAAGGAUUUAAAAGAUCUUGUUUCAUAGUUCUCUGUCCCGUGGUUGUUUAAAAAAAUAAAAACUUUUAACACAAAGCU